AUGGCGGCUCGGCAGUUGGACGACAAAAAGUCUCACAGAAAGCCCAAGUCACGCUCUCGGCCUGUCAACCCUAUCGCUGCGGCAAUACAAAGCUGGAUCCCUGCAGCACUUCCUCCGUUAGAGUCUGGCGACCAGGAUUUACGAAAUGAGAGUCUUAUAAACUCUGCGCCUAAACGGUUUACGAUUUACGAGCCUCUCGCCUUACUCCCGACUGGCAGCUUCACAAGCGAAGCGUGGACCUCUAUCUUACGGACCUGCGAUGAAGCUGCCUGUAAUUCACUAUGGCAAUCCAUCUUGCAGGAGAUUUCGAAGGCUGGGCAAGGAGUUGUGACGCAUCUAGCUGUUAAUGAGGGUAUACCGCUGCACAAGGAUGGAGAAGACAAUGAGAAUGUGCGAAGAAGCCCAAGCGGGCUGAGGAUGCUCUUUGGAGAUUUUGGAUCUUGGGAAGGCGUGGGCGAGAAUCCUACAAAGAGCGAUUUUGAAAACGCCUUUUGGGUUAGGACGAAGCAAAACGGCAUAUUCCAGACGUGGGCGCCGAGAUGGACCAUGUUUUCUCGUGGCAACGUCAAGGAAAAGGCAAGGGUGCUGGGAUUCAAGCGUCCUAUGGCCAAGGGAAGGGAAAACCAAAAAGAGGACAACAGCUGGGCGGUUGAUCUGUAUGCCGGCAUUGGAUACUUUGUGUUUUCUUAUGCGGCUCUGGGAAUGAGGGUUUUGUGCUGGGAGAUUAAUCCCUGGAGCGUCGAGGGUCUUCGACGAGGUGCUUUGGCUAACAAGUGGAGUGUCAAAGUUAUUGAGGGGGAUGAUUUGUUACUACCAGUGGAACAGCUCCUGGCUGGAGGUGAAAGGAUUAUUGUCUUUCUAGAGAGCAAUGAAAAGGCACAGGGACGGAUUGGAGAGAUACAGGAGACGGGGCUUGCUAGGAACAUUGAGCACGUCAAUUGCGGGUUCUUACCCACGAGUGAGCCGGUCUGGAAAAGCGCCUGGGAAGUGACAAAGCUGGCUCCGGAAGCAUGGCUACAUUUGCACGAGAAUGUCGGUGUUGGUGACAUCGAAUCCCGGCGAGGAUCAAUUCAAGGGGCCUUUGAGACGUGGGCUGUUUCGGGGGCAAGUUCUAGGACUCCAAAGGUCGAGCACGUUGAGCAGGUCAAGACGUUUGCGCCGGGGGUUUGGCAUUGCGUCUUUGACGUUCGUAUUACAGGCGGUAGUAUAUCUAAUAAUGGUACAUGA